GGGGCGGGGCUCGGGGCAGGGCCGGGGCGGGACGCGGGACGCGCCGCGCGGCUCCCCCGGCCGCGGCCCGCUCCCUGCCCUUCCCGCGGGCACAGCUGUGGGGCCGGCGGCGGCCGAGGCGCGGAGUGGCGGGACGAGGAGGAAGCAGUGCGGAGCCUAGUUUCGGGGCGGCGGGAGCCGGUGGGGGCCCGGCGAGGAGGGCUGGAAGUGGCGGGGCCCGGCGAGGCCACGAUGAAGCCGAACGGCGAGGACGAGGAGGCGCCCGCCGGGGGCCCCUGGGAGGAGUGCUUCGAGGCGGCCGUGCAGCUGGCGCUGCGGGCGGGACAGAUCAUCAGGAAAGCCCUUUCUGAGGAAAAACGCGUCUCAACAAAAACAUCAGCUGCAGACCUCGUGACAGAAACAGAUCACCUUGUGGAAGGUUUAAUUAUUUCCGAGCUGCAAAAGAGGUUUCCUUCGCACAGGUUCAUUGCUGAAGAGGCUGCAGCCGCCGGGGCCAAGUGUGUGCUCACCCCCAGCCCCACCUGGAUCGUUGACCCCAUUGAUGGCACCUGCAACUUUGUGCACAGAUUUCCCACCGUGGCAGUAAGCAUUGGAUUCGCUGUAAACCAAGAGCUGGAAUUUGGAGUGAUUUACCACUGCACAGAGGAGCGGCUGUACACAGGCCGGAGGGGCCGGGGCGCCUUCUGCAACGGCCAGCGACUCCGGGUCUCCGGGGAGACAGAUAUCUCCAAGGCCUUGGUUCUAACGGAAAUUGGCCCCAAACGUGACCCUGCCACUCUGAAAUUGUUCCUGAGCAACAUGGAGAGGUUACUCCACGCCAAAGCUCAUGGGGUCCGAGUUAUCGGGAGCUCCACCUUGGCACUCUGCCACCUGGCCUCAGGGGCUGCGGAUGCUUAUUACCAGUUUGGCCUGCACUGCUGGGACCUGGCUGCCGCCACCGUCAUCAUCAGAGAAGCAGGUGGCAUCGUGAUGGACACUUCAGGUGGACCUCUCGACCUCAUGUCUUGCAGAGUGGUGGCUGCGGGCACCCGAGAAAUGGCGACUCUCAUAGCUCAGGCCUUACAAACGAUUAACUAUGGGCGGGAUGAUGAGAAGUGAAAGGGAGCAGAGGGGCAGAGAAAUGUGACCCAAGGACUGGGCCCUCCUGGGAAUGCUGAGGCUGGCGGCGAGCCCUGGGACAAAGCUGCCUCCAGCAGCCUGCACACAUCAAGUGUCUCUGACCACCCCCGAGAGGAGGUGUUUUGCUAAAGUAUGUGGCUUUCUGGUUAAAUCCACGUCUUUCACCGGGAUUCGGUGUUUAGCUGGUGUCUCUCUUUAAUCUCACAUAGCCUUUAUCAGGUUAGUACACAUUCUUCUAUCAGGGCCAAAAUCCAAAUCUCGUGUGACAUACGUAUUGAAAAUUGAGUCUUGAUUUUUUUUCCUCCAGAAUGCAAAUCUCAGGUAAUAAGGCUUUAGAACUGCUGAUGAAGCGGACUUGUUCUCAGGCCCUCCCCCAUGGUACUUCAGAAUGCAAUAAAUCAAAAUAAUGGC